CGAGGCCGCCCGGUGGCAUGCAGGAUGAGCUGAUCUGCGGGACGCAGGUGUGCAUGAUGUCCGACGAGGGCGCCCGAAACGAUGUACACCACCACCACCACCACCCCCGACCACCGUCUGCCUCCGUCCUCCAGGUGGUGGUGGUGGUGCGCUUCCUGCUCCCAGGAGACAGCCCGAGGCCGUCUCAGGGUCGUCCGCCAGGCUGCCCCGAGGUCUGCCCCGGGGGCGCGGCGCGACCCAGCCGCAGGCAGGCGCGCUGCUGGGGAAGAAGAGAGCGACGGUGUUGAGGGCUGGCCGCCGCCCCGCCACCCUCGGGGGCGCGCAGGCGGCCGCCGUGCGCCGGGAGGAGAAGGCAGGCGAGGGCCGUGGCCAAGCCUGACCGCGGGCACGUCGGUGUCGAUCCGAGUCACCGUGAAACGAAGCCAGGACGAGCCAGAAUGCGUGGAUAAUCCUGGUGGAUCCGCGACGGCCGGCAUGGACGAUGACCAGAGCUGGCGUCAUGGUCAACGCGCUUCUUCCCUCGAGGGCGGGGUAUUCCGGCCGCCCCCGAUCUGGAGGCGAGCACGGAGUUGCGGGCAACGGCGAGGAUGCAGCCUGUAAAAGUACUCCUACAUAUUGACGGAAAGACAAUGCAGGACAAGACAAGAACCCGCGUCGAGGCACCUACGAAAUUGCGGCGGGUGGGCGCCGGGGCGCCGGCACGGGCUGGCCGCUCAGAAGCUGGAGCCGGGCAGGGGGAUCCAGGGUCGGAAACUGGCAGCCGGAGUCGGAGAGUUGGGAGUGGGAUGGGAGUAUUGACGGACAGAUAGGCGCCGAAUGAAACUCCUGGACAGCACCCCAAACAACGCGGACCACCAUCCAUCAUAGAUAGCGACGAUGCCGCCCCGGCCUGACACUGCGAUCAGCGCUCAAACGAGAAAUCCGAUCUCAAGACGCUCAUGCUGUCUGAGGUCUGGGCGGACUCCUUCGGUCAGCGCUGAACCGCCUUCCCCCGCCGUCCUGCGGAUCUCCAUGCCCCGUGCACUGCGAGCUGUCGUGCGUGAUCUGUUCUCCAUUGGGCGCCCGAGUUAUAC